AUGAGUAGUGAAAGUAACCAUUAUCCUUUUGAAAUAAAAAAGUUGGACGCUAAGGAAUAUGAAGAAGUGUUUAAACUUUUUAAUGGAGAAUCGGGCGUUCUCGAAGAUUUUGUUCGUAUCGGUCCAAAGGGCUAUUGGUUUCACCAACCAAUAGUGCAUGUGGCUCCCAAAAUAUACAAUAUGAAAGUCAGACCAGAUGAUGUUUGGGUGAUCUCAUUUCCAAAAUCAGGUACAACAUUGACUCAAGAGUUAGUCUGGCAGGUAGCAAGCGAUUUCGACUACGCUAAAGCUAAGGCUAUACCACUUAUGGAUAGAUUUCUCUUCAUAGAGUAA